UUCUGUGAGGAUAGAAGGGCGGGAGAAAUUUUGGCGGGAGAGACUUGCAGCCGCUCUUCUUCGCCUCAGAAACACUGAGGGAGCGGAGCCCCCACUUCUCCCCCCCCCGUGAAGCAGCGGAGGGGGAGGGUCCGCCGUGACCGAAGGCGGCGGCCUCGGAGGGAGUUUCCCCCGUUGGGGCUGCGCUGAAGCCGGAGACGGAAUGGAGGCCCGGGGUUUUCCCCUUCAGGCAGGGAGCAGCCUCCCAGAGGAACCCCGCAGCCCCGAGGCUGAGCGCUGGCGCUUCCGCAGCUGCGGCUCCCGGGAGGCCGAGGGGCCCCGGGCGCUUUGCAGCCGCCUGUACGGGCUGUGUCGGGGGUGGCUGCGGCCCGAGCGGAGCAGCAAAGCCGAGAUGCUGGACCUGGUGGUGCUGGAGCAGCUGCUGGCCCUGCUGCCCCCGGAGCUGGCGGGCUGGCUGAGGGAGUGCGGGGCCGAGAGCUGCGCCCAGGCGGUGGCCCUGGCCGAAGGCUGCCUCCUCGGCCCCGCAGCCGCCCCGGAAAAGCUGGCAAAGGGCCGGCAGUUGCAGGAGCCAUUCAUGAGGGAGUUCUCAGCAGAACUCCAGGGAAGAGGAGAUCGAUCCAGUCCUAAUGAGCUUCCUUUUAGGAGGAUCCAACUGGGGAUACCUUGUCAGGAGAAAGAGAAGUGAGAUCAGCCACAGAAAGACAACUUCUUUCUGAGCAGUUGCCAAGGCAAUUAUUCCUCACCACUUGAGCUUCCCAACAUGUUUUGAGGAAGAAACACUUUAUGCGUCUUGAAACUUCACUAAUAAACUCUUAGAACCUGUAAUUUUAUAGUCUCCUGCCAUGUUUUUUUUUCACUAUUUGAUCCUGUCAUCAUGGUCAGCAAUACUGAACCCUGUCAGCGUUCCAAAUUAGGCUUUCUUCCAGCGCUGACAUAACAAGAUGAACUUUUACCUAGUUUUGUAUGUUACAGAUAGUGUUUCCUGGGAGACGAGGAUGGGGGCUACAUUCCUGUGAAAAGAACGUGCCGGGAUGUAGAGAUGGAUCUGUAUGAUGGCCAAUGGGACAUUGGGGUUGGAGAGCGGAAGAGGAGGGGGUUGGAAGGAGGGGCCAGUUUGGCUGCAAUUUGAAUCAGAAAUGUCGGAUAUUGCUAUUCUUAAAAUAAAAAUGAUUCAUUAGACAGUUUGCACUUGAGAAUGAAGUUUAUUCAAGAUAGCACCGAAACCUGACAGACAGCCAAACUCUCCUCCAAAUCCAGGCUGGCUGAGUUUAAAUCAUCCCAUUCCCUCCCAGACAUCUGGUCGGACGGACUAUGGCUGAAGCCAAGCUCUCGGAGGAAAGCCUGCUUCAAGAAACGGGAGGAGCAGAAGCGGUUGUGAUUCCAGCCAACUUGGAAAAUACAAAGGUUCAACUUUCUCCACCUUCCCUCCCCGCAGAACUUCAAGCAAAGAAACGUGAGGCAGAUAAGUACCCGGGGACUGUGCCAAAAGCCUUAGAGGCGGAAUUUCCUUUUGCAAAUGUAAAAGAUAAAGAAAAACCCCUAAGUGAAUUGGGAAGGGCGAGCUGGGGAUGGGAAUGGCAGCGAAGCCCAGACAAGGCAGCACCUCCCCACCCCAGGAUGAGAGACGAGGCAGAAAGACUGAAUGCUAUGAUAGAACAGUAUUUAAGAUGCUACAUCGACUACCAGCAGUCCAAUUGGGCAGACCUCCUAUCUUUUGCGGAGGUUGCAUAUAAUAAUGCUGUCCACAGCAGCACGGGGCUAACCCCGUUCAAAAUAGUGAGUGGCAUGGAUUUUGUUCCCAUGCCAGAAUACCCGAGGGAGCCCCCUUUCUCAGUCAGUUUGACCGACUGGAUGGCAAUGUUGAGACAAACUUGGGAAAAUGUUAAGAGGGCGCUGGCAAAGGCGGCUCAAUCUUAUAAGGAACAAGCAGACAAGCACCGAACUCCCCAAAGACCAUUUCAGCUGGGAGAGAAAGUUUACCUCUCCACCAAGUACUUGAGACUUAGACUCCCGAGCAGGAAAUUGGGCCCAAAAUUUAUAGGACCAUUUCCUAUAAUAAAAAUAAUCAACCCCGUUACAGUGCAAUUGCAGUUGCCACGGCUUUUGGGGAAAAUUCACCCCGUUUUUCACAGUAGCCUUCUAAAACCUGUAGUAGGGUCUACUUUAAGGCCAACGCCACGUGAACCCCCUGGGCCCCUGGUUGUUGGGGGCCAAACGCACUACGAAGUGCAGCGGAUUCUUGAUUCAAGAUGGCACAGGGGGCGCCUUCAGUACUUAAUUAAAUGGAAGGGUUACCCAUUGUCAGAGGCUUCCUGGGUGAAGAGCGCAAACAUUCAAGCUGAUCGCCUUAUAGCAAAAUUCCAUGCAGACCACCCGGGAAAGCCGGGAGGGGGGGGUGCACAGCCAGGGAGGGGCUGAUGAGACUAAUCUUGUUGUGUUUUCCCUAUGGGAUAGGUGAUGUCGCAGAAGUGAAGGGAGAGGGGCCGGAUGUCAGCGUUCCAAAUUAGGCUUUCUUCCAGCGCUGACAUAACAAGAUGAACUUUUACCUAGUUUUGUAUGUUACAGAUAGUGUUUCCUGGGAGACGAGGAUGGGGGCUACAUUCCUGUGAAAAGAACGUGCCGGGAUGUAGAGAUGGAUCUGUAUGAUGGCCAAUGGGACAUUGGGGUUGGAGAGCGGAAGAGGAGGGGGUUGGAAGGAGGGGCCAGUUUGGCUGCAAUUUGAAUCAGAAAUGUCGGAUAUUGCUAUUCUUAAAAUAAAAAUGAUUCAUUAGA